AUGACUGAAGAACAGCAGCAACAACAGCAGCAACCGACAAACGUCGAAGGCCAACAACAAAAUUCAGUUGACUCUACAAAACAUCAGAAUAAUGUAAAACAUUACAAUAAUGGAAGUAGAUACAAUAAUGGUGGCAAGUAUAACAAUGGUAAUGGCAAAAACUACAAUAAAUUUUAUAGAAAUGGUAUGCCUCCAAAUGUUGCACCAGGUGCUCAAUGGCAAGGUUACUAUCCUGGUCAGCCAAUGUACUAUGCUCCACCAUUACAAAAGCAACAACAGCAACAACAGCAACAUUCAAAUGAAAUCCCUGCUCCUUCUUCGCCGACUAAAAAAAUUGAAAUCACUACAAAAACUGGUCAACAUUUGGAUUUAGAAACUUUACGUCAAGAACAUCAACAUAAAGAUAUAACUAAAAAGGAUGAAGAACCAUCUGAACAAGUUCCAAAGGAAACUGCUUCCUCUGAAGAUGAUGAUUCUGAAAAGGUCUCUGAAGCUGAAAAGACAAGAAGAUUAUUCUUAGAACAAAUCAGAUUGAGAAAAUUGGCAUUGGAAAAGAAAAAGCAAGAAGAAGAAGAUGCUCAAAAUCCUUCUACACCUGCCGCUGCCGCCACUUCUGAUGAAUCUGAAUCUCAAGAAAAACCAUUAACCUUCACUGAAAAGUUAAAAUUAAAAAAAUUACAAGCUGAACAAGCUGCUACUUCUACCUCCGAAGAAUCGCAAUCUACUGAAGAAACUAAUGAAGCUCAAGAAAACACAGAAGAAGAAAAGCCAAAGGAAGAAGUCUCUAAUGAAACUGAAGCUGAAACUGAAACUGAACCGGAAACUAAUGAAGCAUCUGCUGAAGUUAGCGGCUCUUCAGAAGAACAACCAGCCAAGGUCGAUGAUGAAUCAGAUACUAGAAUGAAGAUGACUGAUUUCUUAGCAAUCUUAGAGAAAUCAAAACCUAUUGAAGACAUCUACUCAUUCUCUUAUCCUGCUCCAAUCGUAGGUCCAGAUGCUAAAUACAAGAAGCAAACUGUUAAAUAUACCUAUGGACCAGCUUUCUUAUUGCAGUUUAAGGAACAAGUCAAUAUUAAACCAGAUACUGAAUGGGCUUCUACCACUACCGCUAAGAUCGUUAUCCCACCUGGUAUGGCCAGGUCCAACAAACCUAAGGAUGGUAAAUUCGGCAUGGGUAGUCGUAUGAACAGUUCUCGUGACUUUAGCAAGAACGGCUCUAUGAGAAGCAUGGAUGGCAGAUCCAACUCUAGAACUUCAUCCAAGAGAAGAUCAAGAAGAGGUGAUGAUAGAAGAUCUAACAGAUCUUACACUUCAAGAAAGGAUCGUGAAGAAGAAAGACAAUCCGAAAGGAUGGAAGAAAAACCUAAGGAAGAAGUUGCUCCAUUAGUUCCAAGUGCUAACAGAUGGGUUCCAAAAUCUAGAUUAAAGAAAACCGAAAAGAAAUUUGCUCCAGACGGUGUUACAGAAUUAUUAGAAAAGGCUGAAGCUCAAAGUAAGAUGAAGUCAUUGUUGAACAAACUGACUUUAGAAAAAUUCGAUACAAUUUCUUCUGAAAUUCUGGCUAUUGCUAAUCAAUCUAAAUGGGAAACCAAUGGUGAAACUUUGAAUAUCGUUAUUGAAGAAUUGUUCCGUAAGGCUUGUGACGAACCUCACUGGUCUUCAAUGUAUGCUCAAUUAUGUGGUAAAUUAGUAAAGGACUUAGAUGCAGAAAUUAAGGAUGAAACUAAUGAAGGUAAGAUUGGUCCAAAAUUAGUUUUGCAUUAUUUAUUCGUCAGAUGUCAUACUGAAUUUGAAAAAGGUUGGACUGACAAAUUACCAACAAACGAAGAUGGUACUCCAUUAGAAGUCGAAAUGAUGUCCGAAGAGUAUUAUCAAGCUGCAACUGCUAAGAGAAGAGGUUUAGGUUUAGUUCGUUUCAUUGGUUUCUUAUACCGUUUGAACUUAUUAACUGGUAAAAUGAUGUUUGAAUGUUUCCGUAGAUUAAUGAAGGACUUGAAUGAUAAUCCAUCUGAAGAUGUCUUAGAAUCUGUUAUUGAACUGUUGACUACUGUUGGUGAACGUUUUGAAACUGACAGUAUCACUGCAGGUUCAUCUACCUUAGACGGUUCUGUAUUAUUAGACAGUUUAUUCCAAUUGAUACAACAUGUUAUCGAUGGUGGUAGUGUUAUCAGCAGAAUUAAAUUUAAAUUGAUCGAAAUACAAGAAUUAAGAGAAAAGAACUGGGAUAGCUUAAAGAAAGAUGAAGGUCCUAAGACUAUUUCUCAAAUUCACGAAGAGGAAAGACAACGUCAAUUGAAGGAAAUGAGCAAGAAUUCUAGAUCCAGCUCUAAGCGUAAUAUGAGCGGUAUGGGUACAAGAAACUCUUCAAGAAGAGAUUUACCUUCUGUUUCAAAAGACAAUUUCAUCACCACUAGAUCUAUGUCUGGUAGACACUCUCAAAGAACUCCAACAAAAGAAGAACCAAAGCAACCACAAAUGGCUGCAUCAAACAUGUUCAGUGCAUUGAUGGGAUCUGAUGAUGAGGACGAAUAA